AUGCUCUUUGAAUGCUCUCUUCAUGGUAGAAUAUCGGAUCAAAUCCAAUCCCAGCUUAUAGACAGACUUAUAGGCAUAUGUGCAACUGAGCCCGUACCAAUUAGUGAACACGAAAUAGGCUUUGUGCCGACAGCCCAAACCAGAGGUGGACCAGGUCGUAACGAAGAUGUCCUGCUCAGACUAAAAUCCUCAUUAGAUGACAAGAAUCUUACGAAAAGGAAAUGGCAACUCAUUCAAAUUGGUCCUCCAGAAACGAGCACGCAAAAACCAGUAACUGUUCGUCAGAUCAACAGCACAUCGCUCACAAAUGGCAAUGCGUUUGCUUUUAUGACUGCUCUUGGGUAUAGCUUUGCCUUUGAGUUUAUUAGAAGAGGUGUCAUCUUUGUAUAUCGCAACAUAUUAAAAAUAGUCAUCACGCAGAUAUUUCUGCCAGAGGUUAGGAACGAUGCAACACGCAUUAGACCAUUUGAUCCUAAUAACCAUUGGCUUGUAGAAGUAUCUGCUUCGGCAGAGUCUUCGGAACGCGUGGAGGCGGUAGUAGAUGAGUUGAAAGUUUCGUUUGAUCAUGUGAAUACCAAACUAGACAUCUUGUAUUCGACAGCUACUGGACCUGAUGGUGUGUGUAUACAAACGCCUUUAUUCCUGGUUGUGGAAAUGGAGAAUACUAAAGUCAAAGAAAAAUUAGAAGUGAAGAUAUGA